UUCAAGCAGAUGCAAACAUAGUCUUAAUUGUCCAAAACAAUGGAGCAUCUGUUCGAAGAAGAGGAGGAAACUGAUGAGGAGGAAGACAAAAUGGACAUGGCAGAGUUGGAUGAGGACUCCCAAGUGAAUGAUGAUGAUGGUGAUGAUGCUAAGCAUGUCCAGCUCCUCAAGGCCAUUACCAAAAUGGACAAUUUCAAAUGUCCAGGAGAUGCCAAUGUCUCCUCCAAUGACACCUGCAGGAAGGGAGGAACAGUGUGUACCCCCUUGGAGCCCAUGCGUCGAGAGCCCAGCACCCAAGUGUCGGAAUAUGAACUGUCCAAGUCCAAUGCCAGUGAGGUCAAAGUGGAGGAUCUCUUGGCCCCUUUGAAGGGAAAGACCCGAUUGCAGAAACUCUUAGGUUCUGUGCAGAAGACAGAGAUACGGUGCCAAAAGGCCACUCUGGAUGUGCCCUUGCCAAAACCUCAGGCUCUUAGAGUAGAGAGAGAAGUGGGCUACCAGAAAACUUCAGAAGAAGUGGGGAAGUGGGAUGAUGUUGUACGCCGUAAUCGCCUUUCCCGACAGAUCUCUUUCCCCUUGAAUGACACCCAACUCCAACUCCUCACCUCUGAGGAAUACAUCUCCAAAUUCAAGAAACCAUCAACUCGUCUGGAGGAACGCGUGUAUACCUUGCUAGAGGGAAGCCCACAUGUGAUCCAUCCCAAUGUGGAGCUAACACAGUAUCAUCGGAUCUUGAAGCGAGAGAGGCUGCGCACUCAACUGAAGCAGUUUGAAGAACUGAAGAGGAAGGAUCCAGGAGCAGCCUUAGAGCAGUUGCGAGAGCUGGAACAACAGCGUGCCCUGGAACGUGUGACACUCCGCCAUCGUGUCACCUCUAGAAGGUCCAAAUUCCAGGCAAUUCGUGCCAAGUAUGACCCUGAGGCUCGCAAAGUACUGGCUGAGCAACUCCUGUUAAGUAAGGAACUGAGGAAGAAAGUGCAUGGAGAUAGUGAGAGUGAGGAAGAGGGAGAAGUUGAAGGGACAAAGAAAGCCCCUCUCAACUUGGACUUGGACCCUAAUAAUCCCUGGAUGGCUACCAAUAGCAAGGGUAAGGAUCCUCCAGGAGAGGCCCACCAGGAGGAUGGUGGGUACCGCAAGUUCUGGCUUACUAUUGAAGACCUCAAGUACAAGCGGGCCAACCCGAUCACUAAUUUGGAGAAGGAGCAGGCAGAGAAGGAAUCUAUAGUUGAGGUGGUGGAGUCAUCCACUCCCAAGGAGGUGGAAAAGACAGGGGAAAGGGGGAGGUUUGAUUUUACCUCAGACAGAGAGAGUGCAGCUGGUGUUGAAAAGGACUCAGAGUUGGGUGUUCAAGUAAGCAAGGUUUGUGCUCAAGAAGACACUGUUGAGCAACAUCAACCCUCGCCCAAGAAGAAAGAGCACAAAAUGGAAAACCAGAGGACCAAGAGACAAACACAAGGAAACGUGAAUAAGGAGCGAGAUGUGGAUGACAUGUUUGAUGCUGUGGAAGAGGAACUUGAAAAGAGGGCGCAGAAGAAGCUGUGUCAGCUGCGAUUGGUUGGUGGAAGAGGUGCACAGAAGAAGCUGCGUCAGCUGCGUAAGGCAACAGGAUUCCUUCCUGAGGCCCUGAGAAGACAGAAGAAGAGGGUCAAGUGCAAAGGCAAAACUAAAAGCAGUCAGGAUUGGUUGGUGGAAGAGGUGAAUCCACGAAAGGAGGAUCUAGGUCUCAAUGAGGGUACUACCCGUUCUUGCACAUUGGAGCAGCUUGAUCAUGUUGCCAUGCAAGAAAAGGAGAAGCCAGAGAUGAACCAAAGAAGGGAGCCAGGAGGAGAGACUAGUGGGUGUGAGAAAGUUGAAGAUGGACAAGACCUUGGUCAACCCAGGGAAGUGAACGUGGAUCCAGGGAAGUACAUGCAGCUAAGGGCAGUUAAGAUCCAAGGUGCCCUCCCAAAUGCCCUUGUGCUGGAUGAGGACAGGGAUGAAAAUGCCUUCCCUGAGGAUGUUAUUGCUGAGGCAUUUGAGGAGGAUGAUGUCAUUGAGAAGUUCAGAGUGGAGAAACAGGCAGCAAUGGAGUUGGAUGAGCUGAAGGACAUGGUGCUCACCCUUCCUGGCUGGGGGGAAUGGGGUGGCCCAAACCCAGAUGACCUUGACUUUCACAAGAGACCUAAGAAGAGGCGUUUCAUCAAGGCCCCUGAGCCCCCUCCUCGCAAGGAUCGAAAUCUUGGGAAUGUAAUCAUUUCUGAGAAGAAGAACCAAAUGCUUCGACAGCAUCAGGUGAGUGAGGUGCCCUUCCCAUUCUUGACAGUGCGGGAUUUUGAGGCAAGUAUUCGCACUCCACUGGGGAAAACAUGGGUCCCUGAGACAGCUCAUCGCCUCCUGACUGCUCCACCUGUCAUGACCCGAAUGGGAGCAGUAAUUGAACCCAUGGACUCUGAAGCCCUCCUCAACCUCAGACAGAGAAGGGAACUCCGGAAGCAAGCAAACCCACAGGUGACAUCUCAUCUGUCUGGUGAUUUCCCUUCAAAGAGGUGACCACCUUUCCAUCAUCUUCUUUCUGAGAAGAAAAGGUUCCUUGUUUGGAGUGAGCAAGGUGUUGCCCUCUUUGAAUGAAAACCUGUUUAAACCCUGC